UGAUUCACCUGAGACAAACUAGAAAACAGAUUAUUUUGGGUGUGACUAAAGAGAGAAACAGACGAUCAGAUUCAGCGUCAGACCAAACUAACACCUUCCUCUGAGUGAGUCCAGCUACAGGAGAGAAAAGUGGAAACUACAACACUGCUGCUUCAAGCUGCUGACUCUCCACACACUGAAGCUUCACUCAGAGACUAAAUGGCUUCCAGAUCAGAGGAGGGUUUCUGCUGUCCGGUCUGUAAGGAGGUCUUCAGAGAUCCUGUUCUCCUGUCAUGUAGCCACAGCUUCUGUAAAGUCUGUCUGAAGAACUGGUGGAGAGAGAAACCAUUACACCAGUGUCCAGUUUGUAACAGAACAUCUUCAAGAGAUGAUCCACCUUCAAACUUGGCGUUGAAGAACCUGUGUGAGCUUUUCUUACAGGAGAGAGAUCAGAGAUCAGACGAUCUCUGCAGUCUGCACUCUGAGAAACUCAGACUCUUCUGUCUGGACCAUCAGCAGCCAGUGUGUCUCGUCUGCAGAGAUUCAAGAAAACACUUCAACCACAGAUUCAGUCCCAUCGAUGAAGUAGUAACAGAACUCAAGAUGAUCCUUCAGGAAUCUCUGGAGCCCUUAAAGGAGAAGUUAAAGGUUUGUGAACAAUUUAAAGUGAAGUUUGAUGCAACAGAAAAACACAUCAAGGUCCAGGCCCGAAACACAGAGAGGCAGAUUAAGGAGCAGUUCAAGAAGCUUCACCAGUUUCUAGCAGAGGAAGAGGAGGCCAGGAUGGCUGCACUGAGGGAGGAAGAGGAGCAGAAGAGUCAGAGGAUGAAGGAGGAGAUGGAGGCUCUGAGCAGAGAGAUAGCAGCUCUUUCAGACACAGUCAGAGCCACAGAGGAGCUGAGAGCUGAAGACGUCUCAUUCCUCAACAGCUACAAGGCUGCAGUGGAAAGAAUCCAGCGCUGCCCCCUGCUGGAUGAUCCACAGCUGCCCUCAGGAGCUCUGAUAGACCAGGCCAAACAUCUGGGCAACCUGGCCUUCAACAUCUGGAACAACAUGAAGGACCUGGUCUCCUACACUCCUGUCAUUCUGGAUCCAAACACUGCUAAUCCAGAUCUGAUCCUGUCUGAAGAUCUGACCAGUGUGAGACGAGGAGUUUACCAACAACUUCCUGAUAAUCCAGAGAGGUUUGAUUGUAACUGUUCUGUCCUGGGCUCUGAGGGCUUCAACUCAGGGACUCACAGCUGGGAUGUUGAGGUUGGAGAUAACACGGUGUGGUUACUGGGUGUAUUAGCAGAGUCUGUCCAGAGGAAGGGAGACAUAGGGUCUGGAUGGUGGGGAAUAUGGUUCACUGAAGGUAAAUACGGAGCAUGGAAACUACCAGAUCAUUCCAUUGAUCUCCCAAUAGAGAAGAAGCUCCAGAGGAUCAGAGUGAAUAUGGACUGGAACAGAGGAUAUCUGUCCUUUUCUGAUCUUGAUACUAACACACACAUACUCACCAUCAGACACACUUUCACUGAGAGGAUGUUUCCAUAUAUUAACACUGGGAAGAAAGUGAAGAUAUUACCAGUGAAACAGAGCGAUUAGAGAUGAACAGGAUGAUUAUAAAUGUGUAUUGGGCUGUAACGUGAUCAUAAAAAUUCUGUCUGGAUUGAUGUGUUGUUGCCUCAGGGUUGAGGUCACAGAAAACUGUAUAACUACUCACAUGUUGUUUUUAUUGCUUUAUUGUAUCUUUACAAUCUUUACUAUAUAUAUAUAUAUAUAUAUAUAUUGUGUGUGUUACAUUGCAGUAAUUCUCCUACAGGAGACAAAUGAAGAAACGUUGAACCUUGAACUUUACAUCUGUUCCUACAUGAUUAUGUUUAUAUACUUGUAAUUUUAUUUUUAUUUCAGAUUGAUGCUCCAUAGCUCUGGUUACAGCAACAAAGAUUAAGAUUAACUGAGCACAAACUAAAAAAAUUCAUAUUAAACUGAACUACAGUAAAGUUAAGUAAAAUGAACUAGGCUAGAUGAUGUGACGUUAAGAUAAUCCAGACCAAACUGAAGAGAAACGUAUCUGAUUAAACUAAAUGCUAAAAGCUAAGCUAAUCUAAACUAAAGUCAACUAAGUUAAACUAGGCCCAAAACAAUCAACAUUAAACAAAACAAAAAAUAAAGUAAGACCAGUUACAAUAGGCUAAGAUAAAAUAAAACAAGGUAAUCCAAGUUAAAGUAAAGGUAUGUAAACUGCUAAGGUAUGGUUAAGUAAACUAAGCCCAAUUCACCCAAACUCAGCUAAACUAAGCUAAGACAACCUAAGAUAAGCGAAGCUCCAUACUAUAAAUUAAGCUGAGCUAAACUGUUUCACAUUAAAACAAGCUCCAAUGGUUGCAGAGAUAAUUCCGAGUGUCUGUUUCUCACCUGUUUCCUGUUUGUGCAGGAUGGGUGACUCCGGCCCGAGUCAGUGGACAGGUAGGACUGUGGUCUGACUGAAAACAGAAAUAAAUACAACAAAAAUAUCAAAGACUCAGAAAACCAGUCUCUACCAGACAAGAACGCUGAUGAGAUUAACUGUUUAAUUAAACAGAAUAAAUCAAUAAACGGAUCAAUAAAUAUAAAGAUUGAAUGUCUACUUCUUCAGAUGAACAGGGUGCAACUGCUUCAUAUAUUCUUGUGAAUUAUUACCACAAAGUUUUCUUGUGUUUAAACUUCUGUUCAGGCUGUAAAUGUUGUGAUUUUUAAUUUAAAUGUAAAUGUUGUGAUCCCGAAUAAAUGAUAAAAAAAAAAA